AUGGCGGACGCCACGUUUCCCCACGAACCUACAGACCCACAGUAUGGGACCCGGCAAAGACUGGAAGCACCCUUCGACAAUUUCUGGCGCAAGCUGAAGGCUAAAAUGAAACCGACAGCCUCACCACAAAUAAGCGAGAGGCGUAAAAGCAACACGCAUGGAGGGCCGCCGAGCCAGAACCCAAACAGAGCAACUCGGGCCUACCAGCGCAAAACCGGAGAGAGGUCUGUAAACCCAAACCAAAAACCAAACCAGCAUUUUCCAUCAAAAAGGCAUACAAAGCUGCCGCCCUGACUAACCGGCAUCCUUCUGGGCUGGGAGCCCAUCAGGGACUUGCCCAAUGCCGUCCAUACACCCGUGAGGACACCCGGGAUAGGGAGAACCCGCAGGACCCCAAGCCAACCACCAUGUCUGGAAGGCUCCAUGGACACAAGGCGAGGGCUCUCGCUAAGGCCCGGAGCCAGAGACUGGGGAAAUCGAGCCACAGCCGGAACACCCAAACGGUACGGCGAUUCCACUAUCACACGCGCAUACAGACCCCAUCCAAGAGAAGCAAUACUGACCUGUGGACAUUGCCUCUGAGCACCACUUAUGACCUGUGGACACUACCUUUGAGCACCACCUAUGCUUCACUUGCAGGCACCAAGAACAUACCGACUAUGGGAGUCGGCUGA